AUUUCCUUAGGACAGCCUCUAGACUGUGGAAUGUAAGAUAGCUUCAGUUAAAUAGCAGACGACUAGUGUGGUAAUGAUAGUAGCGGUAGAGCAAGAAGGCGAAGGUAUUCAACACUGUAAAUUAAAUAUUGGUGAUCUGCGGCUUGUGUUUGGAAAGUGGAUGGAUAAUGCUGAGAAGAUGUUAAUAUUAAUUUGCAAUUAGGUGUCUUGCUGUGCCCGGUUUCUUCUUGCUUUGAGGCGGGACCGCAACAUUUCAGCAAACUGGCAAUCAGUGGACUGCAGUCUAUGAUGAAGUUUAAGCCAAAUCAGACACGGACAUACGAUGGCGAAGGUUUCAAGAAGAGGGCGGCUUGUCUGUGCUUUAGGAACGAGCGUGAAGAUGAGGUGCUUUUGGUAAGCAGUAGUCGGUAUCCAGACCAGUGGAUUGUACCAGGAGGAGGCCUGGAACCUGAAGAGGAGCCUGGGGGUGCAGCAGCUAGAGAAGUUUUUGAAGAGGCUGGAGUAAAGGGCAAGUUGGGAAGACUUUUGGGAGUAUUUGAGCAGAACCAAGCCAGGAAACACAGGACCUACGUUUAUGUUCUUACAGUAACGGAAGUGUUGGAACAUUGGGAAGACUCUGUUAAUAUAGGAAGAAAAAGAGAAUGGUUUAAAAUUGAAGAUGCUAUUAAAGUUCUUCAGUGCCACAAACCUGUGCAGGCAGAAUAUUUAGAGAAACUAAAACUGGACUGCUCACCAACCAAUGGGAACACAGUGGUUUCUUCGCUUUCAGAUAGCAAUUCCAUUUAUGUGACUUCUUCACAGACUUCAGUGAUGCCAUCCACUGUAAGAUGAAGGCUUUUCUACUUGUAAAUAUAUAUUUACAUUUGGAUGACCUAUACUAUGCCACAUUGGAAGAGGGCAUUCACUCCUUAAUGUAUUUGUAUAGUUUAUUCUGGAAUCUUAUGCACAUGUACAAAUAUCUUGGCAUGAAACUUAAAGUUUUAACACUAAUGGUGUAAAAUAUUAUUUCAGUGAACCAAAGCCAUACACAAAUUCUGUCAGUGUUUAAUUUAAUGCCUUACUUUCCACCUGUUAAUGUGUUUUCUUUAAUGCUGGAUAAACAUCUGUUUUUGUCAUUUUGAACAUAAGGACUGUAUAGUUGGUGAUGGUGGAAAAUGUCUGUGUAUAUAACAUUGAAGUAGUUGCCUUUUUUUUUUUUUGAAAAUUAUAAUAUGCUCAACAGUGUUUACUAAUUAAAGGCAUUUUGGCCUUCAAAUUCUGCAAGAAAAAAUGGGAAAUACUAGAUUUAUUGAAAAACAGCUAUGCACAUCUAUCUUACAGUUUCAGCAUUUUUAUGACUGUUCAUGUUCUUUAAAUUGGUCCUUAAUUUCCCUAAGGAGGAAAGUAUACAAAAUUCUUGGUUCCUCUGGCAUUUUCCUCUUGAAACAAUUGGCCUGCUAGCAGUGUUGCUGUGUACUAUAUAGACUGUGUUGAGCAUCACCAUGUAGCAGUUUGUGCAUUUUCAGGCCUUUAUACAAGGUUGGCAGUAGGAGAAAUGUAAUUUCAUUUAAUACCAUCGAAUAUUUAACUUUUGAAGUAUUUUAGUUAAAAUAAAUGAAUUUUACAGAUGCUGCUAUAUUUCCUGAGUGUACUAUUUUGUUCAACUGAAUGGUCUCUUCUACAUGUUAAAUUUUCUUUUAAGAGAAUGCAAGCAGAACGGAGAUAUUAAAGGUGUGUUGGAAGAGAGCCUCUGAUGUCUGUAAUGUGCCAUAAAACAGAUCUGUGCCAUUUAUCAACAGCUUAAUGAUACUCUGUCAGCCAAGAAGUGAUACAUAGCAGCCAUCUCCAGGUACAUGAGAUUGCUCAAUACUAAAAUGAGCACUGCAACAAACAGGUUUUGCUUCUUUUUUUUUCUUUUAAAGUUAACCAGCUUUGUAUUAACACUAAAGUCUGACGCAGUAGACUUCAUAAAUAACACUCUCCCAGAUUUAACAAGUGGCUUGUCCCCAUUGUGUCGAGAGAAGAGUUGGCUGGCUUUUAGUGUUAUGUUUUCUCCCUCCUGUGGAGGGAUAGUUUAGUGCUCCGAUUACCUACAGCAGCAUUAUUUAUAUUUAUUUAUUUCAUUGUUGUUAAAUGGGCAUAGCAGCUGAUACUGUCUUGUCUUUUUUAAUGGGGUUUCACGAAUGCAAGGUGGUUUCCAACUUAAUCCAGAGUACUCUUGUGCUGAUGAGGGAAUGGCAUUCAAACAACUCGCUGGGUUUGCAUCUCUGUGUCUUAAAUGAUGUCUACUGCUUCCUUCAUCUAAAUUUUUACUGUAUUUUAAAUCUUUGUUUCAUAUAUGGAAGCAGUGAGCUUGGCUCUGCAAUGUGUAUUGUAUUCGUGAUAAAAUCAUUUUCACAUCCCCAUUUCUGUUAAGUUUCAAAUGGAAUAUGUAGAAUGCUGAACUGGCUUCCAGAAUCUCAAAGAACUAGCCACACCUAAAAUUGUGAUGCAGUGUUAAUUGCAAAAGCAUGUUGAGUUGCAAUUAGGUUUGACUUAUGAAUGGUUGCAAUCGAGGUGGAAUUAAGGAUGAGGGAGAGAGAAAAUAAACAGUUAUACUGAAAUGUAUCAAAGUUGUUAAGUAAGGGUGAUCAUUCAGGUGAAGUAGCUGCAAAAUUCAUAGCUACUUUUAUUGCAGCUGGCUGUGUAAAAAUGUUAAAAAUUGUGCAAGUCAUGUGAAGACAUUAACUUAGUAGUAUAUACUAGUCCCAGUCCUAAUUCAUGUUGUAUUUUGUCUGUGCAUCUUCCCCGUUGUGCUGUUCUGUUUACUUUUGCUUGACUGCAUUGAAGAUUACAUUUAAGAUUGUAAUUUGUUCAUCUCUAAUGUAGUUAUAGUCUUUUGGUGCAUGGAAAGAGUCUGUGUCUAAAACCAAAAGGAAAGAAAGAAUCACUUUCUGUAAAAACCAUGAAAAUUUUAUAAUUUUGUACUUUUGACACUUCUGUUUUAAAAUGCCGGUAUUGUUUUUUAACUAAAUAAAGUAAACUAGAACCAAA